GUAAUCUUUAAAGCAAAAGCAAGCAAAAGUAGCUUCUCUAUCGCGCAUCUGUCGUAUGAUCCGCCAGUGGCCUUAUUUAUUAUUUUCAAUGUCGAUAUAUCAGAGGUGUAGCAAUUAUGCUCGGGUGAAGUGAAAACCCCGCUUGGUCUCUGCAUGUGCGGUUACGUGUAAAAGGGAAAAGCGCGUCCUUCAAAUGGAGCGUGUUUUAAAAGCUGUGCCAGCGGAUUUAAGAGUAAAAAUGGAGGCGCUUGUGCAUGACUUAACGUUAGCCCUUGAAGAAAGUAGCAACAGUGCAAACGUUAGACGCAGAUGGGGCAUCAGAAGACGAGCUCGUUCUACGGGAAACAUUCGUAAGUCUUCUUUGAGUGCCAAUAAACAUUCAGAUGACAGUUCAUCCUCCAUCUGUGAUGCUCGAAUUCCAAAAAAUUCUAUUUCAAAGUAUCAGUCCGACAGUGAUGAUACUAAUCAAACAAAAAGAUUUGCACGAUUUUCAAAUUUAAAUAACAUCAGUAAUAUUGAAAGUGAUUCGGUUAAUGAAAAUUCUGUGCCCAGAACAAAUAUGAGACGUAAACGGAAAUUUAAAAGAAUGGCAGUCGAUUCCGAUUCAAAUCCAUCUACAUCCCAAGCUGCUGCAAUUAUAACAAAUUCUGUUGGCAAGAAAAAAAGGAUGUUCCGAAAUGAUUGCAGAAAUCGAUACGGAACAAUAUGGUGUGGUAAACGCAAAAGAUCAUGCAGGGAACGUUCUAUAGAUUGUGAAAUGCGUUCCCCAAAACCAACAAGGAUAUCAAAAUCUAAAAGCCGAGGAAAAAUUCAAAGUGAAGAUGCAAUGGAUUGUUCUCGCGUCUCAAGUUCAAGCAUUUCAUCCAGUGAUUCCGAAGCUGGCAUUAUUACAAACGAUGAAGAUUGUGAAGGUGAUGACGAACAAUCCGACUGGAUCGGAGAAUCAGGAUGGUUUGAAGAAGGAGAAAGUAUAAAUGAAGACAAAGUCACAUCAGAUCCUGCUUUCCAGGCAAUCUUACAGGGAAGUUUUGAACAUUUAACCGAUGAAGUAAGAAAAAUGUAUAAGCAGCGGAUACAAUGGAUUCGAGAUGGUUUAAAUGGUAGAGAAAUUCGUGCAGGGCGUCGUCACGUCGACAACAAGCCUGGGUAUUCGAUUAUUACAUCUGCCAAUGAGAAAGUAUCGCGAUUUUUACAAGAUCCUACUCAAAGUGAAUUGAAACUACAUCCUAUGCGUCAACCUGAACGCGAGAAACUGCGUAGGCUAGCCAAUUUGUACAGCCUGAGUUUAAAAGGUGAUUUAAGUUGCCCUGUUUUAUAUAAAACCCGACACACUACACAAGCCAUUUGUGUAGAUCAGGUGUCGCUAAACAGAUUUUCCGAUUAUAAAAGACUGAGGAAAACUCCACCGAAUUCUCCAAAUCCAGACUCUACGAUGCCGAACCAGGAAAUUCAAAUUUCUAGUACAAGUUUUGGAACACAAAUUAUAAAUCAGAACCAAAAUAUUGGUUCCAUGCAUAAUUUGCCACAAAUUCCUUGUUUCCAGCGUAGCAUACACGUGGAACCAGAUAUUCUAAUAAAACCAAAAUUUCAUAGUUUUGGACAUUCUAAGUCCAGUUAAAUAUUAUGACUGGUACAUUACUGAUUUAAAUAUUAUAAUUAUAUUUGUAGUAAACUUGGUAUGUAUACCAAACUGGGCAAGAUAGUAACACAGGUCUGACAAUGAAUGAAAUUGUAUAGCAACUUUGCACAUGCAGUUAAUCUUUGAAUGUCCCAUUGGUAAUUUUUUGUACUGUAACUUCCCCAUUUUUAAAGGUAUAAUCCUUAUUUUAAAGUAAAUUGGUCAUCUUAUGUAAAAAAUGUACAUUAAAAAUUUGUAGAAUAAAUAAUUAACGUAA